AUGUUACCAGAUCAUGGAAGUGCCCCACAGACCUCAAGCCCACCUUACGUCAUCUCUGUCUCUUUUGAUAGAUAUGACCCGGGAAAUGAAAUACAAGUGGUAUUAGAAGCAACAUCCCCAUCUGGAUUUAAAGCAUUUAUGGUACAGGCCCGAGAACUUGAUGGAAAUUUUCCGGUUGGCAUAUUUCAUAUUGUAGAUCCAAACACCCGAGGUCUACCAUGUGCCAAUAUGACGAAUUCUGCAGUAAGUCACACCAACCCCAUUGUAAAGCACAGGAUCGCAACAAUUUGGGUUGCUCCUCAGGGCACUAGAAAAAUAAGGAUUAUGGGAACCUUUGUUCAGGAUUACAAUAACUACUGGGUUGGUGUUCAUAGCAAAACCCUUUCUCCCAGAGAGGUAGACACUAAUGUGCUUAUGGCAACCAAUAGCUCAAAGCUAGCCAAUGGUCCCAUAACAUCCGUGAUUUCUGAGAUCUCGGCUGAUUCUGACACCUUCAGUGACAGUGGUGAAGAUAUUGAGCUCAACGCCCUUAUUGCUGAUUCUGAAGAAGAAUAUGUAUCCAAUACAACUGUUGGUUUCCAAGAUCUUGAAAAAAGAAAUACGACAGGCAAAAAUAGGAGAAAGUCAUUUCUAACUCGGAAUAUAAACUGUGGUGAGGGGAAAGUAUCCCAAUCAAAUACUGGAGCAUGUGUCAAAGCUAAAGAUGCUUCCUCUCACAACAACAGGUGUUGAGUGAUGAAAAUAUGAAACAUACCUGAAGCUGAAGAAAUUGUGCAAGUCAAGCAUAAGAACAAUUUCUGUGUAGAGGAAAGACUGAAAUAUC